AUGGCUCCCAAUGAUACCUUCAUCAGUGUACGGGAAACACCUGGUUCAAGCAACUCAUACGAGAUGGGCGAGAAGGCCUUUCCUAUUCCCAUGUCCUAUCCGCUUAAUUCGAGACCCAGCAUGGCACAAUCAAGGAUCUCGAUCCCGCAAGCUUCAGAUAGGUGGAACGAUGAGAAGAUCGACGAAGAUGAGGAGUUGUCAGAGCUUGGAAUGACAUGGCAAAGAUUGCGACAGAACGUCUUGAUCCGUUACACAUUCUAUAUCGUUCCUGUUGCCAUCUUAUUGGCGAUCCCGAUUAUCAUCUUUGCAACCACACACGCAAAUGCGAGGAUAUGGUCACAUUUCAAGGAAACCAAACUCCAGCCAGUCUAUACCUCCAACAUCACGUCCAUAGAUGAUUCACCCACCAGUAACAUUACAAACAUUUACAACAUCACUUCUGCCGAAAUAUAUGAGCAGGUGACCACAAACGAGGAUGGAGGUAUUCGACUCCUCGGUCUUUUCAUCUGGAUUGAAGUUGUUUGGGUUCUUCUGUGGGUGGCCAAACUCCUGGCUCAGUUUGUGCCAAUACUUUACCAAUCCAUGGCCGGAGCUGUACGGACCGGCAUCAGAAAGUAUGCACUAGUACUCAAGGCGGUUGAAAUCCCACUAUCUCUAUUCUUCUGGGCCAUCCUGUCCAUCGCAUCCCGUUCCAUCAUUUGGACAUUUGACCAGGACUUUCACAAGAAAUACGCCGGACAGAUUCAUUGGCUUAGCGUCCUCCACAGUGUCAACAAAGCCACCAUCGGUGUUACCGCACUUUACCUUGUUCAAAAACUAUUGAUUCAAAUGGUCAGUGUCAACUAUCACGGGAAGAAGCAAUACGAUACUAUCAAGGAGCUGGAGACACUCAGUCGCUCUAUUGAGACCAUGUACGAUGUCUCUCGAAGACAGUAUCACGACAGCCACCCCGCUUUCAGAGAGGACGACCUUGAUAUUCAUGAUGUUCGAGGCUAUCGCAAGGAUAAGCACGGUCGUCGAACAGCGACUUCGGAUUCCGCUGCAAUCUUCAUGACAAGUCUUGGAACAACUGGUGACAAGAUCACAUCCAUCCUAGGGUACAUGGCAAGUGAUAUUGCAGGUCAACAAGUCCUAACACCAACAGCUUCAGGAGCAAUCGUGGAAGCCGCACUUGAGAGACCUGUUGCGGCAGAAGCCCUCGCACGUCGCAUUUGGAACUCGUUCACCAACUUUGGUGCCAACAAGCUUGACGAGGAAGCAAUCAAAAUCAUGUUCGGACCCGGAUGUGAAGCUCAGGCAAUGUAUAUCCACCGCAAAGUCGACACCGACGGCAACGGCGACAUAACUCUCGUCGAAAUGGUUGACCUCGUCAAGAAAGUGGCAUCAGACCGAAAGACUAUCUGGGAAGGCGCACACAAUGUAAAGGAUGCAAUCAAAGUCCUGGACCGAGUCCUCAGCGUGUUUGUCCUCAUCUUCAUCUUCUUGAUCUACGCCGCAUUCUUCUCCGAUUACCUGGCCAACCACUACACCCAGGUAUGGUCCACCUUCACCGGUUGUUCGUUCCUCUUCGCCAGCACUGCGGGUGAACUCUUCGCCGCAUGCAUCACCGUCUUCAUCAAACACCCGUACGACGUCGGCGACCGGAUUUCCAUCAACGACACCGACAUGGACGUUGUCAAGAUCUCUCUCCUGUACAGCGUGUUCAAAGAAGUAUCAUCUCGCCAAUUAGUACAAAUCCCCAACUCGAGUAUCAACGGCCUGUGGAUCCGAAAUGUGACCCGAUCCAAGGAACUCAAAGAACAGAUUAAAAUCAGCGUCUGCGCCGACACAUCAUUCGAAGACCUCGAAACCCUCCGAGGUCAGCUCGCCGGCUUCGUGAACGAGCAUAAACGCGACUUUCUCCCCGAAGUCGACCUCCAACUCCUCUCGGUGUCAGACCUCAAGCAAAUCGAACUCCGCAUCGAGUACGAACACAAAGGCAACUCCGCAUCCGAGCAGACUCGCGCCCAGCGUCGCAGCAAAUUCAUGUGCGGGCUGUUAUCCGCGAUGCGACGAGUCCCCAUCACGCCGCCCGGUGGCAGCGGGCCCGGUGCCGGAAGCAAGGAGUCACCCACCUACAGCGUCACCAUCUCGGACGAGGAGUCUAAGGCCGCGAAGGCCGUCUUCGACGAAAACAAGGAUGCGAAGCGAAUGUAUCCCAAGAAUGGCCCGGCCGUCAGCACCGCGGUGAGUGAAGCUCCUGUCGCGGUAGGUGGCGGUGCCAGUGGCAGCACGGCGCUCGAGAUCCUACCUAGUCUUCUGAGGCAGAAUAAACCCCGGACGUCGGAGGACGGUAUUUUUAUCCGUCGCUGA